GUUCACAUCCUUGUGGCUCGCCAUGGAGAAGCUGCCGGCGUCUCAAGUAGCAAAGGGGGCGUUCCUUCUCGCUCUCCUCCUCUUCACCCCUUUCAUAUCCUCAUCCUUGAGGACCUCUUACCUGUACUUCCUUCUCAACAUCCUCAUCGUCGCUCUGGGACUCGAGGCCGGCUUCCUCACCGCCAUCUCCAGGCCUCACGAGGAGAAGAAAGCGCAGAACUCCCUGGAGACUCCGGUCCCCGUGGAAGCCGCCGUCCAUGACGCGGCUACUGAUGCAACCAAGCUUGUCAGCCCGCAUGAACGGGUUACACAGGCGGCGAAGCCACCACGGAAGCCGGCGGUGCAGACGAGAGCGCAAACUUUGAAGCGCUGCCCGUCAAGGCCGAGCCUUUUCUUCAUCGGUGGCGCCGAGGGAGACAGCUUCGUCAAAGAGGAGAAGGAAGAGAAGGUGGAGGAGGCCGGGGAGCUGAGCAAGCAGGAGUUGUUUGCCAAGGCGGAGGCUUUCAUCGGCAACUUCUACAAGCAGCUGAGGAUGCAGAGGGAGGAGUCGUGGAAGAAGAUUCAUGGGUUCUAUCACAGGGCUUUCUAGGUUUCACCUGAUGCCUACUUCCAUGUUGAGCAUGGCACUGUGGUUGAGAGAGAGAAGUACCGAGCAUAUUUUCUUUGGUACAUCUCAUUCUUUGACGUAUGUUGCCUCGAAUGAUACUGAGCUGCGGCCAGUAUGGUGUAUUUACUGCAUCUUAUUGUCAGCAUCAAUAAUAGAUCAAGCCAGACAAGUAACAAUAAUAAUAAUAAAUGAUUUGUGCA